UGUAGUUAGCGCAAAACAACAAGCGUACAAGGAAGGAACAGUAGCGUUUACGUUACAGUUGCAAUUCAUUGGUUAGGGAUCUGAGAGCCCUCUUGACAGAAGAUUCAAUGUCCCUCCCUAGUGAAAGCGAUUAUGUUCUCAAGAUCACCAGGCUUUCCCCAUAAACAAAGGCAAAACAAUGGACUGCUUAAUCAGUUCCCAGGACCACCCAUCUUCUCACAGCAGCAGCUUGUUGAGGUUCAGAGGAACCGGACAAAUUCAAAUUCCCAUGGACUCCCCUUUUGUUUGCCUGUCAUCCCCCCCUAUCAGUGGAAUUCUGCUCACAGGACACCUCCUCCAGUGCCACAAGGAUCUCCAUUAGCAAAGGGCAGAAAGAGGAGGGGUGAUGACCACAGCCAGUAUGAAUUGAAGAGGCAGUGCUACAGCCCUCCAGGCCCCUACAUCAGACCAGCGGCCACAGCAUCAAGGUCCCCCUUACCCACUCGUCUGGAAACGGCGAGGGCGGCAGGCACCUUUCCCAGUGAUGUCCACAGCCGGGCCAGCACUCCUCUGUCUUCCCCAACACCCGCGGUUCCAUCUUUGGGAGAGGCGUCUCAGGAUAGUGACCUGAUAAGUCUGCGGUCCGCAGCCAAGGAUAAGCUGAGUCAGCAGAUUUUGGAGCUAUACGUGUCGUGUGAGCAACAAGAUGACGACCUGGAGAGGAAAGAGCUCUGUCGAGCACAGCUACAGAGGGAUAUCCAGAGGCUUUUUCCAUAUUCAAGGAUUUAUUUGGCUGGGUCUUCUCUCAAUGGCUUUGGGAGCAGAAGUAGUGAUGCCGACCUUUGUCUCGUCAUUCAAGAGGGAUCUGUAAACCAGAAAGAUGCUGUACAUGUGCUUAGUCUUGUUCAGAAGUUCUGUUACACUCUAUCAUACAUUGACAGACCUCAGCUCAUCCGAGCAAAAGUGCCCAUCUUGAAGUUUCGAGACAAAGUAAGUGGUGUGGAGUUUGAUCUGAAUGUCAAUAACAUUGUUGGGAUCAGAAAUACUUUCCUACUGAGGACUUAUGCAUACAUUGAGAAGAGGGUUCGUCCCAUUGUCCUUGUCAUCAAGAAGUGGGCGAGCUACUACAGGAUCAAUGACGCAAGUCGUGGAACUCUGAGCAGCUAUACACUGGUCCUAAUGGUCCUGCAUUACCUCCAGACUCUCCCUGAGCCUGUCAUUCCCUGCCUUCAGAAGGAUUAUCCAGAGUGCUUCGACCCCUCCAUGGAUAUCCAUCUUGUGCCGAGUGAACCAAGGAACAUUCCCCCCUUCAUCUCCAAGAACCAGUUCACACUCGGGGAAUUAUUUCUGGGCUUCCUCAAGUACUAUGCGACUGUUUUCAAAUGGGAUAAACAUGUCAUCUCAGUGCGACAGGCCAAAGUCAUCCCCAAGACCAACUGCACCGAUUGGAGAAAGUUUAUCUGUGUGGAGGAGCCAUUUAAUGGGACAAAUACAGCCAGAGCAGUUCAUCAGAAGGACAAGUUUGAAGCCAUCAAAUCCCAGUUUCAUGCGUCCUGGCAGGUGCUGCAGCUGCGGAGGGACCUGAACUCAGUCCUGCCACUGCAGCGAUCCAAGCAGAAGAGAUAAUGGACUUCCCAUCCAUGCCCACUGGACAUGUCAAGCUGCUCUUGAAAUAAAUCAGGUUGCUAAAAGACGCUGUGUGCUUUUGAAAUGAUGAGAAGGCACUGAAGCCAUCAACUGUGCAUCAGCAACUGACAACGGUUCUGAUGUUUUGGUCAACCUCGGAAAGUGGAGCCAGGUUGUAUUGUGGCACACAGCGUGUAUGUUAAGUGGAAGUGUGGCAGUUAGAAUGAAUGUAUUAAAGUGGCAGAGAUCUUUCACAUUUUCACUUUCACAUUUAAAAGCUGGGCCUCAGUGUUUCGACCUCAAGUAGUUUUCAACCUGAGCAUUCUAGAAUGCACGGGAGGUUCUGAAGCUCAACUGAGCUGUGCAAAGUGAUUUCUUCCCCUAUGUCUUUUCUUGCAUUCUCCCCACUGGAAAAAAAAAAUCAACAUGUGCUGUAGAUAUAAAUAGUGAGGGGUAUGGGUGUGUUUUGCUUUGGGACAGGGAUGCAUGGGACCCUCUGCUGUUAUUUGCACCUUCUUCCAGCUCCAGAUGCUCUGAUACACCAGGUGUUAAUGACUCUCAUAAGGAGGGCUACCCUUCACUCCUUUUACCAGUGAAGUGUAUGUGAUGUUUGUUACUUUUUGUAUUUUUGUACAAUCUUUUAUGUGUUUAUUUAAUUAAUUAAAAGUAUAAAGCUG